UUUUCCAGGGUUGCGGCUAAAUGAAAUCAUCAAACUUAAAGUGCGCACCACAAAACGAGCUUCUCAGAGCGUUUAACUCAAGUACCAAUUACCUUGACUCCAUGCAGGCUGAUGGGAAGGGGCCGGACAGGGGCCUACUGCCUGAUGCCAAUGGGAAGGAGCCAAGCCCGGCGGGCCAGAGGGAGGGGGCCAAGUGGCAAAAGCCGAGGAUCACCCGGAAGUCUCUGAUGAAGUGUUGUCUCGUCAAGUGGAUCAUCGCCAGCACGGCAACCCAGGAUCCAGAUGAAAGUGGGGACAGUGAUCUGGAGCUGUCUGCCGUUCGUCACCAGCCCGAGGGCUUGGAGCAGCUGCAGGCCCAGACCAAGUUCACCCGGAAGGAGCUUCAGUCGCUUUACAGAGGCUUCAAAAACGAAUGUCCAAGUGGCUUGGUGGAUGAGGAAACAUUCAAGACUAUCUACUCUCAAUUCUUCCCUCAGGGAGAUGCCACCACAUACGCACAUUUUCUGUUCAAUGCUUUUGACUCGGACAGGAAUGGCUCCAUACGUUUUGAGGACUUUGUGAUUGGGUUGUCAGUGCUACUAAGAGGGUCUGUGACAGAAAAGCUGCGUUGGGCUUUCAACCUGUACGAUAUCAACAAAGACGGCUACGUCACUAAAGAGGAGAUGCUGGCCAUUAUGACAUCCAUUUAUGAUAUGAUGGGCAGAUAUACGUCCCCCAGUGUACGCGACGAUGACCCUGUAGAGCAUGUCGAGAAGUUCUUUCAGAAAAUGGACCGUAACCGAGACGGGGUAGUGACCAUCGAUGAGUUUAUUGAGACAUGUCAAAAGGAUGAAAACAUCAUGGCCUCCAUGCAGCUUUUCGAGAACGUCAUCUAGGAUCAGCUUAGCCCAACCGUUGACCCUGGAUGAAUCUGCCCGAGUCUCCGUGACCUCACAUGGCUUCCAAUGUUGUGAGCCUGCUGGCACCGGACUCCGCAUUUUGUUUGUUCGGAUGGAGGACUGGGAGGUUGACAGGAUGGAAUGAUGAAUGCCUUUAUUGUCAUAACAAUGUAAUUCAAUAACUGCCAGGGGGAUGUUCACAAAAAUACCUUUGUACAUGUGUCCUAUGGGCUGUUUGGUUUCACAUGGUAAAAAGUGUUAGUUCCACGUGGUGAAAAAUGAUCAUGAUACAGUUCUUCCUCUUCAUUGGGGACAUUAAGGAAUAACAAAAGGGGAAAAGAUGUGUUCAUGACGACUGUACUACUAUUGUAGAACUUGCAUGUUUGCCUGAAACUUUUGUAAAUUGUGCACAUAUCAAUACAACGGAAUGCAAGU